AUUUUGUUGCUCUAGGUCCAAGGAAUGGUGUGAUUAUUAUGCUGCCGACGACAGUGAGACUCGCUCUGAAAUUUUUGAGGAGAUGCUCAAAGAUGUAUCAGAACCUUGGACACAAACAUGUCGUGAUAUACAUAAGUACUUGGAAGAACAUACAUACACUUGUAUGGUGGAGGCUGUGAUUGCCGCUAAACAUGGCUUUAGCAACCCGACCCAGCAUAAACUAGAUGCUCAAGCAUUUUUGGCAUCAGAAGGGGCAUUUGAAUCUCCUGAAGUCCCUGAGUCCCUUGCCUCUCCAAGAGAGAAUAUAGCGCAGGGUGAAGUGUCUACCGAAGAAAUCAUUGGUAAUGGUAAAAAGUGGAUGGGUGAGGAAGUCAUGUUGGCUUUUGAGAAGUACAAGGAAGGAAAGAGCCAAUUCAAAGACGUGGUGGAUUAUGGCCUAGAUGAGCUUCAACAUCAGUGCUUCAGCAUGGAGAGCGAUGACCAUACCUUCCAUCACUUCAACUUCACCGUUAAGAUGAAGAAGUCAGACGGCGAUUGGUCGUCCACGCCCUAUUUUGCUGAAGUGAAAGAGAUCUAUGGAAGAAAAUAUUAUUCCUGCUACGAACUAAGUUCGUAUGAUGAUGGUCACUGCAACGCGUGCAAAAAUUAAGGAAUGCAUGCACUGAAGCACCCUAUUUGUGUAAUGGGGUAUGCCGGUGGUCAUGCUGACAUGGAGUUCUCCUUCAUUUAUCUUAGCGAUGACGAAUAAUCUGAUCUCGAGUAGUAACGGUGUUGGCUUCAAUAGCGGGGAGAAGUAUGUGGCUUGUUUAUGGUUAUUUACAUCUUCUGAUCUGCAUGUAGUCGAGUAGUGCAGUUGUGAAUUAUGCUGAUAUUGGACCUGUACGAAAAGUUCUAAGAAGUGAAUUUUUGCAUUGAUGGCCAUGCUUUUCAAUGUUUCUAUAAAGCAUACUAUAUUUUUCUUGGAGUAAAUUGUCAAACACCACCAGAAUUGUGGUCCCACUUUAAAAAAACCACCAUGCUACAUGUUUUUGUUGAAAAUAUCACCGACACCGUUUCGUCGUUGGUUGUGUACCAAAAAAAUGGAACAAGAAGGGUAGGUGGCUAAA